GACUAGGAGUUUCAGCAUAAACGUCCGCGGAUUGGCACCCACGCGGGUUCUAGCGCACAUGUAUGUCUGUGUUUGCUUGCCAGGAUAUGAGAGUUCGCUUUUUAAACAUAUUCUAGGGCUGCCGCUUGUUUCUGAAUGAUACUCUCUUCAGACCCGGCACGGAAGGGACGUCAGGAAGGAGGAGCGAGGAGAGAAGCGCCGAAGUGCCUGACGGCUGCACGGCCGGCCCCUUUGUUUUGCAUCCCGUGGGUUGUAGCGAGGAAGGGAGACAAGUGCGGCCGGCCCCGGCAUCUUGCAGUAAGCCUCUAGCUGUGCGUCUAGCCACGGCCCUCUCCCGAUCCCGCGCUAGCCGGAGCCCGUGGCUUUUUCCCGCCUUCGCGUGGCUUCCUUUGUGUUGCAACCACCACGCCUGCUCUGGGCAGGUGGCGGCGGCGGCGGCGGCAUGGGCAGAAAGCGCAAAGACGGCCUGCCGCAGGAGGGGCCGCGCAAGAAAGUCAGGGGGCAAGCAGCUGAGUCCGCCUCGGCUCCUCCGGCAGCUCCGGAGCAGGAACAAGAAGGUGAUUUUCAACAGAAAAAAACAAAUAGGACCAAGUCUUCAUCUGGGAAAAAGGAGAGAGCUUGUGAGAGGAAUGUCUGUCACCCACCCGACAGAAAUUCAAGGAAGAAGACAACAAAGUCAAAAGUGAAAUCAGAGAAAAAUAUACAUGUAAAAGAAAAAGAGGGGAAAUGCAGUGGUUUGCAGAGCAGCCUUCUAUGGGAAGAGACUUUCUUGAAAAGAGAAUCUGCAAGCAAAAAGAGAGAGGAUGAGGAUGAAGAGGAAAGUGAAGAUGAGUGGGAAGAUGUGGAAGAACUUUGUGAGCCUGAGGUAGGGAUCCUGCAAGACAUAUCUCCAGUGCCAGCCCUCCCCAACAAAAUGGUUGAGAUAGAGAUUGAGACACCAGAACAAGCAAAAAAAAGAGAGAGAAGAGAGAAAAGGGAAGUUGAGUUUGAGACAUACCUCCGAAGAAUGAUGAAACGCUUUAACAAAGAAGUUCAUGAAGACACGCACAAGGUUCACUUACUGUGCUUGUUGGCAAAUGGUUUCUAUCGGAACAGAGUCUGUAGUCAGCCAGAUCUCCAAGCAAUUGGCCUUUCUAUAAUCCCAGCCCACUUCACAAAAGUGCCUAUGGAUCGUGUAGACCGCUUGUAUCUGUCAAACCUUGUGAAAUGGUUUGUUGCAACCUUUACCGUCAAUAGUGAGCUCUCUGCUAAUGAAGAAAGUUGGCAGUCUACCUUGGAGCGGCGGUUUGCUAUCUAUGCUGCGCGAGAUGAUGAAGAAUUGGUGCAUAUAUUCUUACUCAUUCUGCGGUCGUUGCAGCUUCUGUGCCGGCUUGUCUUGUCUUUACAACCCAUUCCUCUGAAAGAGCCAGCUGGGAAGGGGAAGUCCCCAACCAAGAAGCGUUCUGUCAGUUUAGUCUCUGAGGAAUUGGAUACUUCUGCCAAAAAGCCUAGAGUUGCACCAAAAAAAUGCCCAGGACUAAAGAGCAAACAAAGAGCAGGCCAAGAGGAGGCUGCAUCAAAGAACGUAGAAGCUGAGAAGAAACCAAAUUCCCCUGAAGCCAAAAGGAAAAUAAGUAAAUAUAGGGUACCAAGAGGUGCACAGAAAGAAGAGGAAUCUGGUGAUGGUGAAAACAACUUGAAGGGAAGGGAAGAGUUGGGGAGGCCCAAAAAUGACCGCCAACGAAGAGUAGCUUCAAAAGUGUCUUAUAAAGAGGAGAGUGGAAGUGAUGAGGGCAGUGAUUCUGAAUUCCAUGCUUCAGAAGAUGAUCAAGAUGAUAAUAGUGUCUCUGAUGAUGAUUUUGAAACUACUAAUAGGAAGCAUAGGCCUUCACUGGGAACACCUAAAGCAAGAGCAGCAGUUAACAAUAGAUGGAAAUCUGCACCUUCAGCGUUGAAAGAACCCAAGCAUUUGCUGAAGAAAACCACUCUCUCAAGUUCUUCGAACCCAAAGAAAAAGAACAAAAUAAUUUCUAGUAGUGAUGAUGAAGAAGGAAGUCAGGAGCCUGUGCGGAGAGGCACAGAUCAGUGGGUGGAGGUUUUUGUUGAGCAAGAAGGCAAGUGGGUGGAUGUGAACUGUGUUCAUGGCACAGUUGGUCAGCCUUUGCUGUGCUUCAAAUAUGCCACCAAACCAGUGUGCUAUAUCAUUGGCUUUGACAAUGAUGGCUGUGUAAAGGACGUAACACAAAGAUACGAUCGAGCAUGGAUGACAUCAACGAGGAAAAGCCGUGUGGAUGCGCAGUGGUGGAAUGACACUUUGGAGCCAUACAGAAGCCCAUUUGUGGAGAGGGAGAAGAAAGAAGAAAAAGAGUUUCUAGCUCAGCUUCAGGACCAGCCCCUCCCAACAGCCAUUGGUGAAUACAAGAAUCACCCACUUUAUGCCUUAAACAGGCAUCUCCUUAAAUAUGAAGCCAUCUACCCAGAAUCAGCUGCUGUGCUUGGAUACUGCCGAGGAGAGGCUGUGUAUUCCAGAGACUGUGUCCACACACUGCACUCCAAGGAUACAUGGCUGAAGCAAGCUCGAGUAGUGAGGCUUGGGGAAGUACCAUAUAAGAUGGUCAUAGGCUACUCCAACCAGGCAAGGAAGGCACGAAUGGUGGAACCUGCAAACCGGGACAAAAAGGACUUGGCCCUCUUUGGUCUCUGGCAGACAGAAGAGUAUCAGCCCCCUGUGGCAGUAGAUGGGAGGGUUCCUCGGAAUGAAUUUGGAAAUGUGUACCUUUUCCAGCCCUGCAUGUUACCGAUAGGCUGUGUACAGCUAAAGCUUCCAAACCUUCACAGAGUGGCCCGUAAACUGGAUAUUGACUGUGUUCCGGCUGUUACUGGAUUUGAUUUUCAUGGUGGCUAUUCACACCCAGUUACUGAAGGCUAUGUAAUCUGUGAAGAAUACAAAGAGGUGCUUGUUGCAGCUUGGGAGAAUGAAGAAGCAGAGAGGGAAAAGAAAGAAAAGGAGAAGCAGGAAAAAAGAGUUUUGGGGAACUGGAAACUGCUGGUGAAAGGAGUUCUGAUCCGAGAGAGACUGAAGAAACGCUACUCUACUAAGAAUGAGGCACCAGAUGGCAUGAUGGGAAGGGAGACUGGGUUCUCCUCUGAUGAUGAAGGACCAAGCUCAGAGACCUUAGCUGGGGACAUGGCUGUUGCUUGGCCUCAAAAUCGACAAGCAGAGAAACAGAGUGGAGGAGAAAAAAGAAAGAGUAAGAGGGAGAAGAAAGGAGAAGCAAAGCAUCUGUUCCCAUUUGAGAAGCUGUGACCAGGAGCUGAUGUUGGGCCUUUCUUGAAACCCAUGAUGCCAAGGGAAAACAUACGUGGCCACGUCUUUCAAACUAGCCUAUAGUUUCAAGUUAACAAAUUACAUUUUCAUAUGAGCUGCAAACUGGAGACUUGGACUUGUGUCAAUGUAUAAAUAGAGCAAUAUUUGUAUAUUGAAAUAUUUGAAAUACUUCAGGUAAUAAAGAGGUAAGAACUACCAUAAGUCUAGGCCACAAAAUGGACAUUUUUCUCCACAGUGUAAUUCCAAAUAGGAACGGUGUUAAAAAACUUAGGGUUACAUGUUUUAUUCUCAUCUUUUAAGAGCUUUAGGUUUUCCACUUUUAUUUGUGGGGUUAUGAGGUAUAAGUGACUUGGCAGCAAUUUUUUUUAAUAAUUAGAUGAGACCAGAAAUCCUUGACGGCCUCCUUUUUCCAUUGUACAGAUCACGUUUAUUUUGGUAGGGCUUGCACAGAAACGCUUCUCAAUGUAUCAUGCCCCUACAAGUCUUACUAGCAAUUAGGGAAACUUUUUCUAGUGUUCAAAAGUACUAUGUGCCCAUUGGGGAACUUUAUUUUGGAGAAUGUUUUAUGAUUUUCUCCUCUGUAUCCUCACAAAGCUUUAUGGGUUAUGCUAAUAACUUUAGUUAAGCUCUUAAGAUUCAUAUUUUAAGCACUGUGAGUUAAUGCAACCUGAACAGGAUUUGCUUGUACCCUGCCUUUUCACACAUAAUGAGGAUUAUAGAAUCACUUGUGUGCCAGUUAAGACUGUCUUGAUUUGUGCACUUUUUCUGCAGAAAAAACAUUCAAAUUGUACCAUUACACAAGAUUUAAGUACAGUGUAGCUCUUGUAUUAUUUUUUAAACAUCCUGCUAUUUAGACCUGAGUGCAGUUAGCUUUAGCACUUUAAAUAUGUUCAAAAUUAUUUUUAUAUUCAAUCCUUAGCAAAAAAAAAAGUCUUUAAUAUUAAAGAUAUGUUAUAUAUCU